UUAGAGAAAUUUUCUGUGACUGCUGGGCCUUCAUUCUCAUACUCCUGUUUCGUUAUCCACAUGUUCUUGAACGUAUUUAGAGAAGCUAAAAUAGAACCACCUGUCCAAGUUGAAUAGAGACGCUCAGGCGGCGCUGCUAUACGAAGUCUGGAAUCUUUAGGUGCAAGCCUCUUCAUUUCUAAUAAAAUACGAGCACCAAAUCCUUUGAAUAGAGUCGAUCCACCAGAGAGAACUAUGUUUUCAUAUAGCAUACGACGCAAGUCCAUGUCUGACUUCUGA